CUUUACUCCCACUCCAAUUUUUCAAGCACCAAAAAAAAAAAAAGAAAGGAAACAGAAAAAGAAAACUGUAACCCGCUCUUAACUUCUUCGCAUGCAGUCGGAGCUCCGGCUCCCUUAACGGAGCCCUGUUCGAUUGUCCAAUUUUCAAACUCUUUUAGAUCUCUGUCCUUUUAUCUUUUUAGAUCUCAACUAAACCAAAUAAUAAAGCAAGGAAAAACAGGUGGAAAUAAUAUAAAAGAUUUCAAAAAAUGUCGAAACCCUGGGGUGGCGUCGGCGCGUGGGCCGCCGAGGCCGAGCGAGAAGAAGCGGAGGAACGUGAAGCUGCGGAAGCCGCAGCCGCUGCGCCCACGGCUGAAUCGCGGAGUUUCCCUAGCCUAAAGGAAGCCGUUAGCGCGAAGCGCAAGAGUAAGAAAAUGACUCUCUCGGAGUUCACCAUGGGGACUUAUUCGUCGUCCGCCGGCGCCGGAGUUGGUGGUGGUGCUAGGGUAACGGAUUACAACAAGCUUACGCCCGAAGAGAUGAUGCUCCUCCCCACCCGACCCAAAGAACGUACCCCCGAGGAAAUGCAGUAUGGCCGUCUGGGAGGUGGAUUUUCGUCUUAUGGUAGGUCCGGUCCAUCUGCGGGUCGAGGUAUGCGUGAACGUGACGGCAGCGACGGCUCAUGGGGCUCCGGAAGAAGGCAGUACGGAGGUUUUGAUGAAGAACGACGGGGUCCGCCUUCUAGGGUUUCUGAUUUUGAUCAGCCGUCGCGUGCCGAUGAGGUGGAUAAUUGGGCAAUAGCAAAGAAAACGACUCCUUCGUUUGAUUCGGGCCGGCCUAAUCGAUACGGUGGGCUUGGAAGUGGGGGAGGUGGUGGGAAUUCUAAGGCCGAUGAGGUUGAUAAUUGGACGGCUGAGAAACGGCCAAUUCCUGCUCGACCUUCGUCGUUUGGUUCAGGUUUUCGUGACUCUGGACCGGAGCCUGAUAGAUGGACCCGAGGUGGUGGUGGGAGUGGAUUCAGAGAGGAAAGGCCUAGAAUAGUUUUGGAUCCUCCUAGAGGGGAGGUGAAUGAGACGGUGGUUAAGACAAAUAAGUCUAAUCCAUUUGGGGCAGCGAGGCCCAGGGAAGAGGUAUUGGCGGAGAAAGGAUUGGAUUGGAAGAAACUGGAUUCUGAAAUUGAAGCAAAGAAGGUAACUAGCAGGCCUACCAGCUCUCACUCCAGCCGGCCAUCAAGUGCACAAUCUAGCAGGUCUGAAGGUCCCCAGCUGCAAGGAAUUGAAAAUGUACUAAAGCCGAAGCCAAAGGUCAACCCGUUUGGAGAUGCUAAGCCUAGAGAAGUUUUGCUGGAAGAGCGCGGUCAGGAUUGGCGAAAGAUUGAUCUUGAACUAGAACGUCGUAGGAUGGACAGGCCAGAAACAGAGGAGGAAAAGAUAUUGAAAGAAGAAAUAGAUAAUCUGAAGAAAGAGCUUGAGAAGGAUUCAACUCCAGCUUCGGAAUCUGCUUUGGACCAGUCUGCUUUACGUGACACACUACUUCAUAAGGAGAGGGAACUAGAGAAACUUAUCCGAGAUUUGGAGAACAAAGUUAAAUUUGGGCAAAAAGCUGUUGAAAGGCCUGGUUCUGGAUCAGGCAGGAUUGGCGGCAGCUACUCUGAUAGACCACCCUCUCAGUCUGGUUCUAGUGAUAGCUCUAGAAAUAUGGAGUUCAUGGAUAGGCCUAGAUCUCGUGGUACUGUAGAUGGGUGGACAAGACCUGCUGAUGACCGAAGAGGAUUUCAGGGAGGAUUUCAAGGUGGCAGGGAUAGAGGAUAUCCUGGAAACAGAGAUGUGGACAGGCCAAGGUCGAGGGAGAGAUGGUGAGCCCUGGAAUUGGCAUUGUUUUGUUAAAUUCUGUCUUCAACUUUUGACUACUUGAACCAAUAAUAUUUUGUCGCCUCACAUCUUUUCUUUAGUUGUUCUCUUCUUUUCUGCUCUGGUAAAGUGGAGCAAUGAUUCUUCAGUGUCGGAAUGCCGAACUCUGCGUUAAUCUAUUGUUAAAUCUUUGAAACUA